AUGGUGACAACAGAUCCAGAUUCUGAGGUGAUAGCACUAUCUCCCAAGACACUAAUGGCAACAAACAGGUUCAUAUGUGAGGUAUGCAACAAAGGGUUCCAAAGGGAGCAAAAUUUACAGCUCCACAGAAGAGGACACAACUUGCCUUGGAAACUAAAGCAGAAGAAUACAAAAGAGCAGGCAAAGAGAAAGGUUUAUCUCUGUCCUGAACCCACUUGUGUCCACCAUGACCCUUCACGGGCUCUUGGAGACCUCACUGGGAUCAAGAAGCACUUCUCUCGGAAGCACGGUGAGAAGAAGUGGAAGUGUGAAAAGUGCUCUAAGAAGUAUGCUGUUCAAUCAGAUUGGAAAGCACAUUCUAAGACUUGUGGUACAAGAGAGUAUAGAUGUGACUGUGGCACUCUCUUCUCCAGGCGUGACAGUUUUAUUACUCAUAGAGCCUUUUGUGAUGCGUUAGCACAUGAGAGUGCAAGGCACCCUUCCAACCUGAACCCUCUGGGAACUCAUCUCUAUGGCACCAACCACAUGAGCUUAUUCAAGAAGGGGUCUAUAUGGUGGAGGGAUUUGGGGAAGGUUAGUGAGGGGGGAGGUAAUGGGGGAUGGUUUGUGAGUGGGGUAAGAAGGAAGAUUGGGAUGGGUCAUGACAUAAAAUUCUGGAAAGAGUGA